CCUUUUCAUAUAUAAUAUAAAUUAGGUUUUUUUUAAGAGGGACUUGCGGACGAGGUCAAGUUUGAGUAGAGAGGGACGAGAUAACGCGCGCCCGCCAUGGGGAGAAGACCUGCUAGGUGUUACCGGCAAAUUAAAAACAAGCCUUAUCCAAAAUCCAGAUUCUGUCGUGGUGUCCCGGAUCCUAAGAUCAGAAUUUAUGAUGUUGGAAUGAAAAAGAAGGGUGUGGAUGAAUUUCCGUUUUGUGUUCACCUAGUAAGUUGGGAGAAAGAAAAUGUGUCAAGUGAGGCUUUAGAAGCUGCUAGGAUUGCCUGCAACAAGUAUAUGUCUAAGUUUGCUGGGAAGGAUGCUUUCCACUUGAGGGUCAGGGUGCACCCCUUCCAUGUUCUGCGAAUUAAUAAGAUGCUUUCAUGUGCUGGGGCUGAUAGGCUCCAGACUGGUAUGAGAGGUGCGUUUGGCAAACCACAGGGAACCUGUGCAAGAGUGGCCAUUGGUCAGGUUCUUCUUUCAGUUCGCUGCAAGGAUAGCAACAGCCAACAUUCACAGGAGGCUCUCCGUCGUGCUAAGUUCAAAUUCCCUGGUCGUCAGAAGAUCAUUGUCAGUAGGAAGUGGGGAUUCACUAAAUUCAGUCGGGCUGAUUAUCUUGCUUACAAGGCAGAUAACAAAAUUCUUCCAGAUGGUGUUAACGCCAAGCUUCUUGGAUGUCAUGGACCUUUAGCAAAUCGUCAACCAGGAAGAGCUUUUCUACCUGACACUGCCUAAGAUCAGCUAGUUGUUUCAAUUUUUCAUUGCUAUUCUUAUACGAUUUUGACACUUCAACAAGUAUUUACUCUCAUAUCUUGUUUGUAUUAUUCUGGCAGUUUUAUUGGUUAAGAAUGUUGGAAAUACCAAGGGUCGGGUUCCAAACAA